CAGAAAAAAAAAACGUGGUGUACGUGUACGCUUCGGGGUACUGCUGUAACCCCCAUCAGCUGCUGGAGCAGUACCACAGCUGGUGCUAGUAGGCGCAUGCCGAAGGGGCGGCGUUCGAGCCAAUCGAAAGGACUACCCGACACGCCAAGCCGCUACUCUAUUGCUGCACGCAUCGCCAGCGACCCCCCCCCCGCCGCGCGCCUUGUGUCCCAUCACCUACGCGAGAGACAGCCUGCACUACGGGUCGCAGGCCAUUUGCUAUUUCAUAACCCUACUCGAAGUGCUGAAGCACACAUAUUUGAAUUGAACACAACGGGAGGUUCUCGUCAUCCAUCUGCGGCUCUCCAAGCACAAGUGUAUGUCUCGAAAAUAAUGCAACGUUCAUGGCCUCGUACCAAUCGAAGAAUUAACUAACAGAGCAAGUAACAGGCUAUGUAGUAGACGUCCCCACCCACUCCAACGGUUGAAAGAUUAUAGCAGUUGGUAUAGAAGAAAAAAAAACGGCGAGGCAGGGCAACAACAAGAACAACAACAACAACACAUGGCUGCCGUUCAAUCUGCUCCUUUUUGGCCAACCAGAAACGAACACAAAGACACACUGCUACCCCACACCCACAUCAAGCUAUCAGCAACGCACACCGCGCAAAAAAAAAGCGGGAUGCUGUCACGCUGUUGCCGCAGACCACAAAUGGUGGUGCUGUCGUCGUCUUCAUGUCAAAAAUGAGUUUGUUUGGCACAU